UUUGUUUAAGUGGGUUACCGCGAAUUACAACAGACAAAAACCAAAACAACACACUUCUGCAGAAAGCUAUCAAAGUAAGUAAGCAAAGAUGGAGAACAGCAGUGUGGAGAACCAAACUUUACCAACAUGGACCGACCACAGCAUCGAAUACAAAGUGAUCAGCGCGGUGUUGGUGUUUGUAAUAUGCGUUCUGGGAAUCAUCGGCAACACGAUGGUGAUCUUGGUGGUGCUUACCACGAAGCACAUGCGGACACCCACUAACUGUUACCUGGUGAGUCUCGCUGUGGCUGACCUCAUGGUAUUGACUGCCGCCGGUCUUCCAAACAUAGCGGACAGCAUCUACGGGUCCUGGGUGUUCGGUCACUACGGAUGUCUCGGUAUAACCUACUUUCAGUACCUUGGGAUUAACGCAUCCUCUUGUUCAAUUACUGCCUUCACGAUUGAGAGAUAUAUUGCGAUAUGUCAUCCGAUUAAAGCCCAGUUUCUAUGCACUUUAUCCAGAGCGAAAAAGAUCAUAUUGUUAGUGUGGGGACUCACCUUGCUGUAUUGCGUUUUAUGGUUGUAUCUGUCUGAUACUGUGGAGACUGUGUACAAGGAUGUAACCAUAAUAUCAUGCGCAUACAAGAUGAAAAGAAGCGUCUACAUGCCCAUAUACUUUUUUGACUUCGGUAUAUUUUUCGUCGUGCCCCUUACGCUCGCCACUAUCCUGUAUGGACUCAUUGCCCGAAUUCUCUUCUUAAACCCACUGACUUGUGAAAAAAACGCAAACAGAAAAAGUGAUGUCGGAAAGGGAAAUACUGUGGUUAACCUGAAAAAGUCCAGCCAUUGUUCCAACACUACUGCCACUUCCAGGAGACAGGUUACUAAAAUGCUGGCGGUAGUGGUGAUCCUCUUUGCCCUGCUCUGGAUGCCUUAUCGCACAUUGGUCGUGGUGAACUCCUUCCUGGAGCAAGCCUACCUGGACACCUGGUUUCUGCUGUUUUGCCGCAGCUGCAUCUACCUAAACAGUGCCGUCAAUCCGGUCAUCUACAAUGCCAUGUCACAGAAGUUCCGCGCGGCUUUCCGCAAGCUUUGCCUGUGCGGACGCAGGAGUUCGGCCACCAAGGGGGCGUACAGCGUGGCGUUGACCUACAGCGCGGGGAAGGAGACCUCUAUGGUGGAGAGCACUGAGCACUACACCACCGAACUAGACGAGUUGACCGCCACAGAGGAACUACUUGCCGAAAAGAAAACACUCUAUCCAGAGGACUGUACUUUGGUGAAAAUGACUUUUAACCCAAAUUCUGCAUAGAUUCUUUAACGGGUGGUAGAGUGGAAGCACCCCCCUCCCCACCACACACACACACACACACACACACACACACACACACACACACACACUUGAGCGCAACAAGUGAGGACUUAAAUCAGAUUACGCUGAACCAGAGACAGCGCCUGAGUGUCUUCUGCAACAGAGGCCCUCAAACAUACUGGUGUCCCUGUUUAAAUGGACAGAUCACUUUAAGCACAACACAUUUACACACCCAGUUACAGGUGUAAUGACUGAUUACAUUAAAAAUAAUCAGUUUUAAAAAUAUUUGAAGAUGUUUCCUCUGCAUUAUAAUUUUCCUUUGAAAUGGAAAAUUAACCAAUGGUCAGGUACAAAGAAGCAGUGAAGCUCAGUGAUGUUAUAUAUUCAAUGAUAUUGACAAUAAUACACUCAGUGAGCUUAUGGACUAGAAAAAAGUAGUCCUCGGAUUGCACUUAAAGGACAUGAACCUGAAAUUGAGGCAUAUUAUUAAAACAUUGCCUGGCUCUCUCUGUAUUUGGGAAUGAGCGAGAGUAUUUCACAUGGCACUCUAAAGCUCUAAGGAAGUCUGUAGUUCCUGAAUACCAUCGCCUCAGCUGCUAGAUGUGAAUACACAAGGUCAUGGCCAGAAUCUCAAUAGGACCACUGUCCACUACUACCACUCCCAACCUGCACCCCAGCAGAACAAAAAAACACAUCCAAUAGGGGAGAGAACAUUGCAAGGCUUACUCACAAAUUGUAUCCAACAAAAGCAUCUGACUAGUCUGUAUGUCUGACAAUGUCUUGCUUUAUAAAAAAAGAUAAGAUUGUUCAACUAGGAUAAAUAAUGUACAGCAUGAUAAGAAAAUGAAAUGGAUGUGUCUAUUAGGUCUGAUAUUGUUGUUUUUGCUUUUUGCUGCAUAAGUGAUGGGAAGAAGUUUCAUAUUUUGUCAUGUGGUUACAUGUAGUAUGAUCAUUAGAUGGCUUAGUGAGCUGCCAUGCCAUAUAGUUCUUUAGCAUCUGAGCCAGGUCAUCAUAUUGCAUUGUGAAUGCUUUAUUUCUGAUGCCUUUUAUCAUAGAGUGACUCUUGAAGAGUUGAAAACUACUAAUGUUAUCUCAGAAAGUUUACAUUAUUGUAGUUACUGGGACCAACAAAGGAUUUAAGUGAAUAAAGUCAUAAUUGUUAUUAUGGAUGACCACUAUGGGCCACAGCAGACUCGGGAUGAGAUCUCACAUCAGGACCUGAAUGACUUCUAGUCAGUCACUAUUUUGGGAUCAUGUGCAUUAUUCAUGAAUGUGUCUAUAUUGUUAUUUACCUCACAACAUUAUGCUGCUCAUAUGUGUUUGCAAAAUUGUUAAGUUUCUAAAUAUUUGCCAAAACAGCUGUCUGUGUAACUGUAAAACUGUGUUUAGCCAUAGAGUAGUUUGAUUCUGUCUCUGAUUAUGUGAGAAGUGAAUAUGAAUGUAUUUUAUUUCUGCAUUUGUUUACCGCAUAAAAUCUUAAAUUGACAAUUAUGAUUGUAUAAAACCAUUGCGGGUAACUCAAUUUGUUGUGAUUUUCCCAUGAAUUGCUGA